AACAGCCCUAUUUUCGAGCUCGAUCCUCUAGUCAGGCUACCAAAAGUUCGGAGUAAAUAGGUAUCAGCGCAGCUCAGCUCAAAACAGAGAAGCUUUUUCUCAUCCACCAUGGCCGAAGACAGACAGCCCGCCGACAUUGUCGAGGGCGCUACGGCCGACGUCGAGGACGAGGUCCAGCCGACCGCCAAGUCGGCCGAGGACCGCAAGGCCGCCGCCGCUCUCUCCAAGCUCGACGACACCCGCGCCGAUGACGAGGGCGCCGCCCGCGAGGUCGACCAGGAAGCCGUCAAGAACGCCGUGAGCGCCCUGGGAGGCGGCGCCGGCACCAAGAAGGAAACCAAGGCGGUCAAGGUGGACGCCGCGGAUGUGAAGCUGCUGGUUGACGAGCUCGAGCUCCCCAAGGCCAAGGCGACCGAACUCCUCAAGGCCCACGACGGCGACGCCGUUAAGGCCAUGAAGGCCUAUCUCCAGCCCGCCUUCUAAAAAAAAUGAAACGAUUGCGACGGAAAGCCGGCUUCGGGACUGGGGGCUGCCAGAUACCGAAUCCGCGCGGGGCUCUUCCAUUUGGGAGGAGCCGCGCCUCUCGCGCACCACCACAACCACACAUGUGCCUAACCAAUGGGACCCGGAGCAAUGGAUGCGAUCCCUCGGCGCAACUUCAUGUCAGCUUCUCUCGUUCUGACGCCUUUAUUUACUCUCGGCGGUGUAUUUUUGUUAUGUAUUCCGCACACAAGCCUGCUCAGGGUGCCGCAGGCUAAGGCCGUGUCGAUGCCGGGUCCCAUGUUCACGAACAGGAUGAUGGGUCGCCCCAAGUUUGCGGGCGCUCCCCCUGAUUGAGGCUCGGAGGAGAGGAUAGCUCCCAUGAUUUUUGCUUCGCACCUUAGGAUAUAGGACAUGAAGUAGCAUAGCCCCCAGCAAGGCUCGAACGAGAAUGGCAAGCUCCGAGAUAAGAUC